GAAAAACAAACGCCGUGUAAUUUUAUUUCUUUGUUUUUUAGUGAAAAAGUGCUUCAAAAUAGUCAAAAUAAGUGCGAAAAAGUACCUCAAAAUGCCUGCAGCUGCUGCGGCGGCAAAAGCAGAGAAAACGGAGCAGCAGGAAAAGCUCUGGGCGGCAAUUAAGCGGCAUGUGUUGUCCGAGAGGAAGCGUAAAAAAGAGGAACUCGAAGCUGAGGUCGACAAAGAGCGUCUCCGGAAGGAACGUGAGGCACGCGAAAAGGAAAAUGUCAUGACGCUCGGCGAAACAACCGAACAAAUUAACUUGCUGGAACGAAAACUCGAAGAUUUGAAGAAGGAAAAGUCAAAAUUGUUCAUUCAGCUGAAAAAAGUCCUCAACAAAGACGAUAAUCGCAAGCGACAAUCGGAAAAGGAUGCGCCGCAAGAGAGUUUUCCGCCCGCCAGCAAAGCCAGUUCGCAAAUUCCGCAAUCUUUUAUUCCGCCGUACCAACAAUAUCCGCAAACGAAUGCCGGAAAUCAGGGCAGUGGCGGGCGCGGACCCGAAAAUAAUCAUCCGAUGCACAAGAGGAAGCGAUCACCGUCGCCGCCAACCCCGAAUUAUCAUCGUCCCGUGCCCGAAGAUCAUCGACGUGCGAACGAACGAGCCGUUUUGUGGAAUAAAUCGAUGCAAUAUCGUCCGACAGCGAUUACGACAGCAAUUCCGUAUCACGUGCCGCAGCAACAAGGCAAACCGCAGAUGUAUCCGUACCACGGGAUUCGACAUGGAUACCCUCCGGCACCUUCUUCGUCGCAAAUUAAGCACGAUGUGCCGCCAAACAAGAGUCAACCUGCGAAUAUUUAUCACAUUGACGUCAAACAUCAAGAUGUGAGACCCGAUCUCCGACAAUCCGCCUACGAUAGCAUGGCGACGUUGCGACGCGAUCAAAUUCCGCUCUACCAGAUACAAAUGGGACAGAAUCCGGGACAGGUCGUAAAAUCUGGCGGAAACCUCCCUCAAGUGAGUUACGGACCUCGACCGCCAUCCAGUGGAAACCCUUCGCAUUACCCCUCCUCCAUUCAUCGCUACUAAUUACGUUUUUUGUGAUUGUCUGUCGCUACUCUAAUUAACGAAUUCUACUACACAACCUCUUAUUUUUAACUUUAUUUGAUGUAACAAGAAUGAAAUUCAGUCUGAUACAAAAUAAAACUUUAAUUUUAACU